AAAAUAAUUAAAAGUGCAAAAAAAAAAAAUUAGAAAUCUACCAAAUAAACAAAAAGAAAGAAAGAAAAAAAUUUAUUUAUAUUAAAAAUGAUUGAAGCUUAUGAAACAGAUGUGUUUAUGGAUCCUAUUGGUAUGAAAGUUUGGGAAAAAAGGCACUAAUAUGUAGCAACUAAGUUAUCGGCUCUGAAUUGUAAAAGAGUUUUGGAUAUGGGAACAAAUACUUGCAAGCUCAUAUAAAGACUUUCAAGGAGUUUGUAAUUCACUUAAAUAGAUGGUUUAGAUAUCGAUGGCUAAUUGCUUGAGACUCAAGGAAUCCAAAAUGCGAAGCCAGAUUUGAUAUAAAAUUAAUAUGCCAGUAUGAGAGACCAUUAGCUAGUGGUAAAUCUAUACCAAGGCAGUGCUUUGAAUAAGAUUUAACAUUUGAAGGAUUAGCAAUACGAUGCUGUAAUAUUAGUUGAACUCAUUGAGCACUUAUAAGUAGAAGAUGUUUUUCUUAUUGAGUAAAAUUUGUUUGGCUUUUUGAGGCCACAAUUUGUGAUUGUGACUACACCUAACUCUGAUUUUAAUGUUUAUUUUAACUUUAAAGAAUAAGGAGUAUUGUUUAGGGACAAAGAUCACAAAUUUGAGUGGUCCUAAAACUAGUUUUAGAUUUGGGCCUAAAAAGUAUGCUAAAAUUAUGGAUACAAAGUAAUAGAGUUGACAGGAGUAGGCGAACAUAAAACAGAAGGAACUAAGAACGGUUUUUGUACACAAAUAGUUGUAUUUGAGAAAGAUACCCAACAAGAGAAGUAUCUGAACUUUGCUUUCUUCAACCUUCAAGAGGGAGAAAUUCGUUAAGUAUGUUAAAUUCUGUACCCAUUUGAGAGUAAAGAAUAACAUUUUCAAAGAGAAGUAGUAGACAGUAUCAGAUAUAUUCUGCAUAUUACUGAUAAGUAAAAUUAAUUCGAAGAUGGUUCAUACUAAAAUUAUACUACUCUCUCUCGCAUAAUGCAAAAUCAUUCAAUAUCAAGUAAUUGGUAAAUUUAAGGUGAUUACUUUAAACUUAAAACCUACAUCCAGAAUAUUUCUGAGUUUUUGGUACAUGAAAAUUAGUUCAAUUUUCAAGAAUCUUUCGUCACUCUCAAUUAUUAAGCCUAAAUGGAAGAUGAAGAAAAUGAAGAUUAGCUUGAAAGCGAUUCUGAAAAUGUAAAGAUGCAAUAAUAACAAUAUUACUUUUCUAACGAUAAUUGUUUCUCCACAAAAGAUACCACUUAUAGCAGUUUUUCCACUGCAGAUAACUUAUUCUCCUAAAAAAUUUAACUUGGUUAGCAAUAAAUGGCUUUAGAGGAAAUAGAAUUAGAAGAUACAAUUGAUUAUUGA